AUGGGUGGAUCAAUUCCAUCGGGACGGUUUUCUGUUUUUACAAAAUGUGCUACCCACCAGAUUGGUGUGCCCAGAUGCGUGAGGACCUGGAUUGGGCAGUUAAAAGAAAAUCCUAACGGUUUCAAUGGUGUAAAUGAACGCACCGCACUCGCCCACCGGAUGUUUGAAACCAGCAAAACCAACCUCAAAUUAUUCGAUUUGGAACCCAUCGUCAGCUUUGCCGAAGCCCUUAUCGCCCCGAAUUGCCAUGUCAUCCACAACAACUCAUUCCAGAGUUUUCCGGGUGGCGGCAUAACGGGAUGGCAUCAGGAUGAUGCCCCCCAUUUCACUGUUACAGAUGGUGAACCACCGAAGAAUAUCCGUUUGUCGGUCAUGUUUUUCACCGCAAACUACUAUCUGACGGAUGUCACCGAGAUUAAAUACGGCGGCACAGAGGUGAUUCCCGGCUCACACCUGCUCGGUACGGGUCCACCGCCCGAAAUUGAAGGAACGGAGUGGGAGAGCAAGAUUCACUACAAUUCGGGCAAAGCGGGAAGCGUCGUCAUGUUCAACAAUCAGGUGUGGCAUCAUGGAGGGCUUAACCGCAGCGACCGAACACGGUAUAUGACACAGAUUACCUACGCCCGUCGCAUGAUUGGACACAAAUAUUAUCCGUUCAUGAACUACAACAUGCCAGAGCACAUUUACAAAGACGCCAAUCCGAGGUUAAAGCGAUUGCUAGGAUUCCUUGAGCAUGGGGCAUACGGUUAA